AUGCGCUUAAGACCAUCCUUUACCUUUUCCGUGAUCAUCUUUUCUUUCUACUUCCUAAAUACGACACUGGCCGUUUUUAAAACGAAAUUCAUCCGUCAAAUGAAGGGCAGCCAUUGGUGUUCAAUUAUUGUGGCUGCUGUUUUAACACUCGUGUUUCCCUCGUCUUGUCAAAAUGUGAGCACGGAUGGGACUCGCACUAACAAGUUAAACGACUCUGCAGAGGGUUUCGACUUGUUCAGAGAGCACUUUCACCGCACUUUUGAGGUCAACAGCGAGGAAUUUCAACAUCGUCAUCUGUAUUAUCAGGAUUCUACAAAGAGGCAUGCAUACCUGAACACAUUCUCAUCAACGCCACAUUCAGCCAAGUAUGGCAUCAACAAGUUCUCAGAUCUCUCACAGAGGGAAUUCAAAGAUCUCUACUUGCAAGCCAGCGCUGACAGAGCUCCUCACUUCUCUGGACUGAAGACAGAGGGGCUCCCGGCCAAAUUUGACUGGAGGGAUGAAGGAGUAGUGGCACCGGUCCAGGACCAACAAGCAUGUGGGAGCUGUUGGGCAUUCAGUGUGGUUGGAGCCAUGCAAUCCGUUCAUGCCAUGGGUGGCUCACCAUUGGCACAACUCAGCGUGCAGCAGGUUUUAGACUGCUCCUUUCAAAACAAAGGCUGCAAUGGCGGCUCCCCAGUCCAGGCUCUGAAUUGGCUGAAGCGGACCAGAGUGAAAUUGGUGCCUAAGACUGAAUAUUCCUACAAGGCCAAGACAGGAAUCUGCCAUUUUUUCUCUCAGUCACACGGCGGUGUUGCUGUGAAAAACUUCACAGCUCAUGACUUCAGUGGCCAAGAGGAAGCAAUGAUGGGUCAGCUGGUGGAGCGAGGUCCCUUGGCUGCUAUCGUGGAUGCUGUCAGCUGGCAGGAUUACCUGGGUGGAAUCAUUCAGCACCACUGCUCCAGCCAAUGGUCCAACCAUGCUGUUCUAGUUGUUGGAUACAACACUGUUGGAGAUGUUCCAUACUGGAUUGUGCAGAACUCCUGGGGAACCACAUGGGGGAACGAGGGCUAUGUUUAUAUAAGAAUUGGUGGCAAUGUUUGCGGUAUCGCUGAUUCUGUGGCAGCAGUUGUUCUUUGAUGAGAUUGUGUGUGUAUUUUAGCUCUGCCAUUAUGUUUGCGUUACUGAUUCCUUGUAUGUUUACUGUUGCCAAAAUGUCAAUCAUCUGUGUGCCCUCAAGUGU